AUAUGGAAGGGUUUACAGACCAUGUCAGAAACACCAUGAUUAACUUCUGCUCUCAAUCUUCUCAAGACCUUACACUGAGAUAUAUUUUUCCUGCAGCUGAUAUACAGACUGCCCAGCUUGAUCAUGCCUACCUGCCAUUACCAUUUGCUGAAUAUUGGGUCGAUAGAGCUUUACUGGUUACAGAACAACAGGCAAAAUUGGCUGAAAAGGAGUCAAGAGGACAAUCCAGCAAUAAGAAAUGGUUUUAUUUAAGACAGUGGAGGAUUACAGCAUCUAGAUUUGGAGAAAUUUCAAAAAUUACCACAAGGAGAAAUAUACAAAAAUUAUGUGAAUCAUUGUGUUCCCAAAAGUUCUUAAAGGUGAAGUCUGUAUUGCAUGGUAAAAUGUAUGAGCAGAAGGCAAUAACACAGUUUGAAAAAAAGUUUCAAAUGAAAUGUCAACCAUGUGGACUGUUUAUAUCUGCUGACAAACCAUUUCUUGGAGCUUCCCCGGACGCUUUAAUUGGAGAUGAUUGUGUUGUGGAGGUGAAGUGUCCAUAUACAGGACGAGAUGAGAGCAUCGUUCCAGGUGUUAAUUUUUCUUUCUUGGAAUAUGACAAAGAUAACAAUAUAACAUUAAAAAAAUCAUCAAACUAUUAUGACCAAAUUCAGGGUCAACUAUUUUUAUCAAAUAGAGAACAUUGUUAUUUUAUUGUGUACACAUUCAAAGACCUCUUUGUUGAGAAAAUUGGAAUUAAUCAUGACUACUGUGUUGGUUGUCUGCUGCCAAAGAUGGAAUUGUUUUACUCCAAACACUUUAGGCCAUAUAUUGCCUCAAUACUAUAAAAAAAUUAAUAAAAUU